AUGAGCCCGGCGCAAAAUCCAUCGGGGCGACCCUCGUCUAUAACGUUAUAUGGCAGUCAAUUCGCAUCGUCCAACUCAACAGCUAAUCGAUUUCUUGGUGCGACUCAAAGACCAUGGAUGACAAACGGUGGUGGUCUAUCACACCCUGGACGAUCGUAUCCGAGGAGUCCGGUGAAUACUCAAACUAGACAUUCUAACGCCUCUUCCCGACAGUCGUCAACGACAACAAGAACAACACAGCCUCCCGCGCGUAUUGAGACCAGCGAUCAUCAUUCUACGGCUCAUCCAUCAGAUUCCACGAUUGCUCAGCCAACGCAGGCCGGUCCAGUGUCGCCCGUAACUCCCGGCACAGGUUACUCAGAAAAUGACAUACAGCCGCCAGCGGCGAAAGUGACACGGCUUGACAAUGCAGUUCCAACCGCAUCCUUUCCCACUCCUGAGCCCAGUAACGCGUCGCUUGCCAGUCCAGUUGUUGCCGUCACAGAUCGAGUGAGUUCUCCCAGCAGAGAUGUACCUGCAUCGCUACCGGGGGCAGGAACCCAACCUGCCCUCACCAUCAAAUGGGAAGAUACACUCCCUACCACAAGCCCUCUCAGCCCGGCUGUCGGCGCCUCUCCCGUCCAGCGGGCUGCACCUCCACCCCAGCGUCAGCCUCAAUAUCAAGCUCAACCUCAACCUCACCAAACACGUCCAGUUCAACAGCAGCCGCAACAGCAACCGCAAUUGCCACAAUCAUCUCUUCCCCAUAAAAGCCACCGAAUCUGGCAACAUGCGAGAGAAAGACUUAGAAUGUUUCUAAUUCAGCCGUCCAGAACUCACCCUCUGUCGGAGACCGUGGAAUUGCCCAGGGUGCGCAUCUUGCAGGAUGCCUGUAGCGCGGAGGACAUGUUCUAUCUAGCUCUCCAUCAGACCUUUUGUCUCAGCUCUGCAGAUCCGAGCCAGUUAAGGGACGGGGCGGAGCAUGGAAUAAGACCGGAUCUUGAUUUCGAUGUGGUUGCGCAGCUGCUGGUCGACAAUAAGAGACUCUCCAAGGAAUUUCUUCAAUGGUCCAUAGAGUAUCCAAUGCCUUUUCAGGCUUUAUUGUCAUCUAACGAUUAUAGAAAUGCCCUCAAGCAGGUUUCGAAUUGUCUGUCUACAAUCUCCAACCAUUGGCCUGUUUUUGAAAGGGAGAUUCGGGCACGCGGUUAUCCGCCUCAGGUUGACGAGUUAGUCGUCAGGCUAGGCGUCGAAUCCCCCGUAUUUCAAACAAUCGUUUUCACAGCGGUUUCUCGACGUUUGUUUGGAGGCCGGGAAGAAUUGUUCAAGGCCUGUAUAUCUGUCUUUGAAGAGGACCAGAGAACUUAUAACCAGCGUUCUGCGCUUCCUCCUAAUGCAAGAGGGCAGGCUAUGUACAAUUACUUUGAGAGGUAUAGACGGCUUUGUGCAUCUCAUGGCAUGCUAGUGUUACCAGAGACUCGUCGUGUUCACACGGCAUCUACACCACCCUCUUCUGCUCAAACUCCAGCUCCGAUGACAGUGACAAGCCCAACCAUGCCAAUUCGGCAAAAUAAUUCACAGCAUCGUGCAUCUAUAAGCGUCCCUCAUCAACAACCUUCGAAUCCCCAACCCAUCACCCAUCCUCAUCCUCAUGCUCCCCCUCGUCCUCUUCCUGCAUCUCGCCAUCACGUGUCACCAAACAUGGCACCACACGCCGGUCAACAGCGCCAACAACAACAGGUUCCUCAUCAGAUUAAUGCUCUGCCUACUGGUGGUGUUCAGCAUGUUCAGGCUCAUCAACAGCAUUCAUACCCACCGCAGUUUUCUGGUCGAUUUCCUUUACCACCUGCUCAUUAUACAAUUGCGUCGCAAAGCUCUGUACCAGUGGCUACCGCGCGGGCAAACCAGAUGCUACCUCCUAAUAUCCAAAUGCAGCCAUCUUUUCCACCUGUCGCCAACAGUAUGCAAGCGUCACCUGCUCCGCCUACUCAAUACUUCUCUCCCGUUAUGGGUGCCCACAUGGUACCUGCUCAUCCUUCACCAGUUCACUCGCCGUAUUCGACAACGCAGCCUUCGCCUAGUACUGGAGGACAAGUUCCAUGUCCACCACACCCUCAGGGACACCCUCAGCCAGUUCCCUCUGUUCCUUUACCAUUUCCAGUGCAGCUUACCGGUACUCCAUUCACCAUGUAUCCGCCGAUGUCCUCCCAAGUCCUACAUCCUCAUCUUGCGACACCACUGCCAGUCCGGCAUACCCCCAAACCUGAGCCUCCAGAUGUUAUACAAUUCUUUACGGGUUUUUCGGUUACUCCACAGAAACUGCUGUCCAAUAGAUCUUCAUUCACCUGGAAGUUCACGUUACCAGAUGAAGUACUGCGUCUCAGGCCGAGCCUCGUUAGGCGACCGAAUAAUGGUGGGUUCAUCCCGUUAUUAUCAGAUGGAAAUAUGUCAUUUCGUCUCCGCUGUAUCAAGUUCCCCGGAAGCGAAAACGUGGAAUCGAUUUCUCUGUGGUCACAGGCUGAAAGUCAAUGGCCUGAUAUUGUAUACAUACACGUCAACAACAAAGAGAUCCAUCGCUCACCGAAUGCAAAAAAUGCGCCGAUAAAUAUCAACUCUUACCUAGUAAGCGGCACCAAUGAAGUCAGAAUAAAUGUCUUGCACAGCAGACAGCAGCGCGCAGCAGACACUUCGUACUUUGUUGCAGUCGAGAUCCUACAGGUGAACACCCCUGAAAGCUUUCGCAAAUUGGUUAGGAAGUUGCCGGCUCAGGAAACGCGUCAACAAAUUCUGGCUAGACUAUCAUCAAGCAAUGCUGAUGAUGAUGACGUGAUGAUCGUGGAUGACUUUAUUUCCAUUAACCUGCGUGAUCCCUUCACUACACGAAUUUUCGAUAUUCCUGCUCGAGGGUCAUUGUGCACACAUAAGGAAUGCUUCGAUCUCUCUACUUUCCUGCAGACAAUCGCAGCUAAGCCUUUGUCGGAUAAGCAUAAAAUUUAUAUCAGAUGCCCCAUUUGCCGAAAGGAUGCACGACCUGGACUUUUAUUGAUCGACGAGUUUCUCAGCGAGGUGAGGGACACACUCUCCAAGGAGAACAAGUUGGAGACUGCAAAGGCCAUUCGCGUCAAAAGCGACGGUUCUUGGUCUGCUGUUUUGGAUACGGAGAGCGACAAUCGCACCACCGGCCGGAAACGAGACCGAAGUAGCUUUGAGUCUGAUAAUAUCAAGGAUGAGAGCCGUCCUCACACUGCUACUCCACAGGGGUUUCCGCACUGAAGUCAUGACUUGAUUCGUGGCAUAGUACAUAUUUCACAUAUUUUGUUUUAUCUCACUCCAUAGUUAAUUGCUUAUCCAGUCGACUGUUAGGAGUUCUUUUGUUUGUCUCUGUCAAUUCUAUACCCGAGCGAUUGUCUUUGGCGUUUAGGGCGUCUUCACUUUUGAAGUUUGCAUUCUGUCAUUAGCAAUCAAUUGACAGAUUAUUUUGGUUUCUUCUAUAUAAUGUUGCUUAGAUCGUUUACGCAUAUAACUUCAAAGAUCACUUU